CGUCAACCGCCCCCACCCCAAAUGAGACGUUAAUUACUAUGAAUGCUGAUGAGAUGAGAGCCGAACAUAGAUUUUUGCCCUCACCACUCACCACAAGAACCCAAGCGUGGUUUCCAGGGAAACUGGAAACGUGAAGCUUUUCAACAGGCAGAGCAGCCACAGAUUCAAGAGCGCCGAUUGCCUAAGACAGAUUCUUCUACAGACAAACCUGUAGCCACAGCAGUCAAGAGCAGAACACCGUGCAUACAGGAGGUCUCUCAACAUGAAGUUCGGACAAUGUUUGACCUAAAUGUUCCAGACUCUCUUGCGGAGGCUUCUUUAGUCUGAAUUGACUGCUCAGGAAAAUCUUACACAAGACAAAAUGGGAAGUCUCAAAGAUGAGACAAAAGGUUUCCGUAAAGAUUCUGAUGAUGACACUGCGCUUGAAGGACCUCUCGCGAGCACCAAUCAAGACUCAACAAGUCGAGGAGGCGGUCAGAUAGAACUGCUCCAUAAUGUUGGUCCUGUUGAUGAGGAGAACAGAUGGGAAGGGAAGGGUUGUGAUAAUAGUUCGCAGUCCGAUUUUUUCAACGCGAAGGAGCAGACUGUCCAUUUAAAACAACAAUCAGAGGGUGACAAAACAACAGCCAUGGAAGAUAUAAUUAGAAAAACCGAUAACCAAGCUGAGGACACAGUCUUGUUUCCUUUGCCAUCAACCGCGGACCCCUCCGACCCAAAUUCCCCCGCACCUUUUGGGCAGCACCACAUGCGCACACAGGUCAGUCUGGAAGUGGUCCAGUGUCACUCAGCUGCCACGAGCCCCAUGACCCCUCCUGAGGGUGGUCAUUCCUUUAUUUUCCCAAGCUCCUUGAGCAGAUCUGGAGCUGAUGCUGGAAUGCAGGCGGGUGAGCUAGUGGAGUUUUGCUCCGUGGCCACAUCUCCCAUGACUCCCAAGACUCCCUCCGUCACAGCCUUCCCAGCACUCGCAGGAAGAGAUGGGAGUGGAACGCAAACAAGUACACCAGCAGAAGUUAAGUCUGACACAAUCAGCAACUUGCAAGUGGCGGAUCAUAAUCACCAAAGUAAGCAACAACGGAUGGGUAGUCUGGAUCAAGACAUUACCAUCUUAGUGACUCACUAUGAUACCGAUGAGGUGAAAGAAGGAGAACGGGAGGAAUCGUGUCGUCGUACCGUAGACCCGAUCAAGACUGGUGAAAAUAAAGAAAAUGACAACAAGGAUGAGCCUGAACAAGAAAUCAAAGAAGUCAGACACGAGAAGAAAUAUGCAUCUCAGCCGCCUGUCCCGGAAUCUCCAGCUCCUGAUGGCUACCACAACAUCCGAACUCAGGUGAGUCUAGAAGUGGUGCAGUGCCAAUCUGCGGCCACCAGUCCUAUGACUCCUCCCGAGGGAGACCACGCCUUCCACUUUCCGAGUCACGGCGAAAGAAGCGAUGCAGAGACUCAAAUGGGUCAGCAAGUGGAGUACCGUUCCGUUGCUACAGCGCCAAUGACGCCAAGAACGCCCACAGUUACAACUUUUCCCGAAAUCGGAAAAGAAGCCAUCGCAGAAGAGAGCAAGGACGAAAAGGAAAGUCACGUGAAAGUUGAGGAAAAGAAAGAAGAAAGUGAGGAAAAUGAGGUGGAGGAAGGUGAAGAGGAAAAGGACUGCAAGGAGAAGAGCGAGGAGGUGGUGCAGGAGGAACCCCAGUGAGCAUCAUGAAGUGGACGGAGUGGGAACAGGCUUUCUCUGUGGAGGCAUUUUUUUCAAGUGAGCAAUAAAAUCACGUGGAUUAAGUUCCUGCACCAUAACUAAUUUGUCGGGAUGAAAUUUCAAUUUUUCAUGGAGGAUUCGUCUCACAGAACGAGCAGACAACCCAAGAGCAGAUGCAUGUUUAUGGGCAGACCGUCGGGGAGAUUUUUGGGGUGGCGUUGCUGUACAUGGGAACCCAGGUUUCUUUUUCUUCAUCACCUUUUCCUCUAAAGUUGUUUACCCAUGACACAAUCAACUGCCGGCCAGAAACAAGAUCACGGGGGUCAACAUUGAAAUGCCUACGGAAUGCAAGUUGCGUUGCGAUGAUUGAGCGACCGCUUGAAAUAAAAUGCCUCAACAGCAAAAGCACAUUCCAACUUCGUCCACUCCAUAAUGCUCACUGGGAUUCCUGAAAAAUAAACACAAAAUAAAUAAUGCACAUUAAGAACCAAACUUUAAGCCAUACCCUCUUAAAUAAGUCCAUCCCUACCAUCCUCAGGGUGACCAUCGCUUCAGGGCGCCGAAUUUAAAUAGGCAAGUUGCUCUGCCCCACCCUAUAUUUUGUCUCAAAGUCAAAGUUUAAAAACUAUAGCUCCCCCUUUGAAAAUGCUUAAUUAACAAAUAAUAAUGAGGGAACAUGUGUUAACAACACAAUAUUACCUAGUUUUAAAUUAUGUUGAUAGAAAUAUGGAGCUUUUGUAACUAUCGGCGGCAAUUGUUGUCCAUCUUUCAUCCGAUGUCAUCUGAGAGAAACUCAAGCGUCGCUCAACCCUGAUGGGUGAAUGGUAUCUGUCAGCAGGUAGUGUAAGAACACAUUUUAAUAUUUAUGUUUGCUUUGUUGGUAGUUUCUUAUAAGUAUUGUAUGCUCAAUUGUUGGUGGUGAACUGUGAAAUAAUGUCCUAAGCGCAGUACAACUAUGCCAUUUAUUGUUAUUCGUGUCUGUUAUUUUCAUGCUUACCACUAUUGGCCAUUAUGCUUUCAGCAUGCAUGCUAGUUGCAUUAGCCUCUGUAAAAGGUGUACACGUAUGUUUUAUUUAUUUUUCCCUCAACACUGUUCCUUUUCGACUUUUCCGAGGACUUCUAAAGCCAGUUUUUCCUCCAAGAUGUUACACUGUGUCUGUGUAUUUUAAUGUCAUUGUUGCUAUUGCUAUUCACUUGAAAUGCUAUAGCUAUCCUCUUUGCUUUUUACACUCCAUUCUUAUACAGUUUAUAAAUUACUUCAUUCUUGAACAUUCUAUCAAGUUUCCCAACUUCUGGAACAAGGAGUCAUGGCCUCGAGGUCUGUGAGUUUUAUGCAGGGAUGUGAAUUUUAAAUCUAAAUGUCGUAUGUGAAGAGUCCCUAACGUAAUGUGUAGUGUCUCGUGCUCUGCUUUUAAAUUGACCACUGAUUUUUUUUUUUUUUUUUAAUAUACAUUGUGACAAUGUUGAUAAUUGCUUCAAUCAGAGCACAAGAGCACAAUCAUGAUCAGAAAUUAUGACAUUAUUACAGCCGUGUUUGCCAUUUAUACUUAUUUGUGAUUGAAAAUAAAGCAAUCUUGUCGCUUUCUCUCUUACCUUUGAUAUAGUUUGGUUUCAGCAGUGUUAGUCUGUGCUAUUGUUGUGCAAACAAUUCUUCACUUCUACAUUUGAGGUAUUAGUUUAUUCAUAUAUAGCAAUGUUAUACAUUCAUUUAUAUUUGCCUAUGUUUUUCUGUGCUUCUAUAGUGUUUAUCUCACGCUGCAGGAAGUCAUACAAAAUGUAAACAUCGGCAAACAAGGUAUAUUAAAACAUUUUAUCAGCUAAAUUACAAUCCUGUGUCAUCCGCUGAGGCAAUGUGAUACACAUUUUUAUGUCAAAGGGUAACAUCAGUCAAACUGGGUGUUGCUCUGAUGACAAAGUUCAUUUGAAAGCAAGACAGUUUUCAAUCUGUUUUAUAACACAUUGACCAAAAUAAAAAUGACUAUCUGCACAAAAUA